AUGGCGCGUCUGCUUACUGCUCUCUUUCUCCUGCUUGCCGUCACCGUCACUCUCGCAUCACUCGCUUCCACGGCUGCUGCUCGAUCUGCUCGGCUUCUUGGCGGCGGAAUGACUGCCGAUGGUGUCUCGGGAGCGGCAGACACCAUCGGCGGCGUCAUCACGGCGGAGAGCGCGCCGAGCGGUGCUCGGCCGAGGGACGACGCGCAGAGCCGCCGCAAACUCGGGAUAAUAAGUGAUCUUAUCAAGAGAUAUAAUGACUAUAAAAACAGCCGGCCCUCGGAAGGAUUGCGGGCUGUCAAACUGAGUCGCCAACAGCAGCGCCUCGCAACACCGGCGGGUCUGCUGUCAAGACUGGGAGCGUGUAGUAGUGGCGGGGGAAAGACAAGGAGGCAUCUGGUUGCUGUGUUCAUGAUGUGGGUGUGUGCUCUAUCGACAAUAGUAGACAUCAUGGCGCGCCUGCUUACUGCUCUCGCUCUCCUGCUUGCCUUCACCUUCACUCUCGCAUUAUUCGCUUCUACUGCUACUGCUCAAUCUGUUCGGCUUCGUGGCAACGGGAUGACUGCCCACGGUGCGUCGGGAGCGGUAGGCACCACCGGCGACUUUAUGGCAGAGAGCGCGCCGAGUGUUUCUCAGCCCAGCGCGGGGGGCGAGCAGAGCCGUCGCAAGCUUCAGCCGGGCAAUACUACCCCUCGGCAAUUUCCUAAAGGCCUGAACCUGUUUGCGAAGGAUGGAGAUUUCCGCGUGCGAGGAGAAGCGUCAGCGACAGAUCAAGGAGUGCGAACAGUGAACUAUCCUAUUCCAGAAGGCCUCAACAACUAG